AGACACUUGAGUUCUUAGUGAAGAAGCUGGAAAGUUGAUGAUGAUUUUAAUGAGUUUUUGAACCUCCAAGAUGACAAAGGCAACACUAUCUUACACCAUGCCGUAGCCAGAAGACAACUCCAGAGUGUGAAGCUACUGUUAAACAGAGAAGGGAUAGAAAUGAUCAAUGCAAGAAACAAUAUAGGUUUGACAGCGCUGGACGUGCUGCUGGAGUCACCGAGCGAGCACGGGGAUUUGGCGCUCGGAGAACUGAUCCGUACCGCGGGUGGUAACACAUCACUAGUCAAUCAUCACCAAACACCAAUUCAGCAUGAAGCUUCUCCAUUAAUAGAUGACUUCAUGGCUAGUCCUCCAAAACAGAGUACUGUCCGUAAACGCUCCAAGAAACGUCCUAGACUUGAAGAUACAUAUACUCCAGGAACAUUAAUGAUUGUGGCCACCUUGAUUGCCACAGUUACAUUUCAGGCUGGAUUAAAUCCUCCAGGUGGAUUCACACAAGCAAAUGACCCUGUCACUAACUCUAGCAGCACAGCAGGGUUGCCUGUGUUGGGUUCUAAUCUAGACUUGUUCUUGGUAUUUGAUGUUAUUGGUCUCUCAGCUUCACUGAUUGUCAUCUUACUGCUGAUUUGCUUGAUGCCAAGGAAAAAAAGAAAGAUGAUGAUGAUCUUGAUAUGGGUUAUGUGGGUUGCUGUGUUCUUCACAGGGUUAGCUUUUACUGCUGCCUUGUAUAAUAUCUUUCCUCACAAUACCCUUUGUAAGGUUCUUGUCAUGGUUUGGGUUUGGGUUUUGAGGGGAUUUAUAUUGCUUGUCUGCUUUCUGUUCUGCCGGUACCUGUUGAGGAGGGUGGGUUGGUGUAAGAAAAAGGAAGGAGAUGAUCAAGAGAACAGUGAGGAUAAUGUAGCUCCGAUGGGUGUUCUUCUCUUCUUCAAAAGAGUUGGGGUGAUAUUAUGGUGAUAUUAGUGUUUGUGUCUCUUGUUUGGGUUCUCAAUGUUUUGUUUUUCUUAGCUUAUGAUUUAAACAAGUUCUUCUAAGCCAUCUUUCUUGAUU